AGUUACUGCGGACUCAUUGUUAGACAAGAUGGCGCUCGCUAGUGUGUGCGGUUUGAAGGCUCAAAGUGGAAAUUUGUACAAUGGAUUCAACCCCAGCGAUGACGGAUUGAUGGGUAUACCAAGCCUUAAUGAUGCAUUGCAAAUGUCAUCAAAUUUCACCCUGCCCUGUGACCCAGCGGCACAUGCAAGUAUCAACCAUGCUCUGACAAGUGGAGAGAACAAUGUGAAAAUCCAGUUUGAUCAUGGCACCACCACGCUAGCGUUCAAAUUCCAGCAUGGAGUCAUUGUUGCUGUUGAUUCGAGAGCCACCGCCGGGCCAUCGAUUGAAUCCCAGACAGUGAAGAAAGUGAUCGAGAUCAAUCCUUACUUGCUGGGAACUAUGGCGGGUGGUGCAGCGGACUGCAUGUUCUGGGAGCGGGCACUUGCCAGGCAGUGCAGAAUAUAUGAACUGAGGAACAAAGAAAGGAUAUCGGUGGCUGCUGCCUCAAAACUUCUUGCCAAUAUUGUAUAUGACUACAAAGGCAUGGGUUUGUCCAUGGGAACUAUGAUCAUUGGAUGGGACAAGAAGGGCCCUGGCCUGUACUAUGUGGACAACGACGGUGAGAGACUUGAGGGCAAACUGUUCUCUGUAGGCUCGGGUUCCGUCUACGCCUACGGAGUCCUGGACAGUGGCUACAAGUGGGACCUGUCAGUAGAGGAGGCUCAGGACUUGGGCCGGCGCGCUAUCUACCACGCCACUCACAGAGACGCCUACUCUGGCGGUGUUGUCAACUUGUACCACAUGAAGCAGACGGGCUGGGAAAAGAUCUCUCAGACAGACACCAUGGAACUCCACUACCAGUACAAGGCAGAGAAGGAGAAAGCCAAGAAGUGAGAAGCAGGCGGAACUUUGGGAAUCUUUUUCUUUUUUACUGCUAUAAGGAAAAUGUACCUGGAAUGAGACCUUUGCUUCUACAACUACAUCAUGUGUGUGUGUGUGUGUGAGUUCCUCGGUUUGUCUCAUGUAUUUUGUAUCAUGGGUUUUCCUUAUUUUUAUGUCUUUUUGUUAAUUAAGCUGCUUGAAAUGUGCAGAGUGAUUAUCGUUGUAUGUUUUACAUGUUGUUUGUGUGUGUGUGUGUGUUUGCUGUAUGAUGUGGAUGAAUGUUUGACCUAAAGAGGUCAUUUGACUUUGUAUGGAACAUUUUUCCUUUAUGUUGGAUGAAUAAAAGUGAAAUCUUCUCACUUGAAUAAUAA